AUGCGGAUUGCUUACAUUUCUAUUCUGCUGCAGGUGGCAGCGAACGGAAUUUCCCGCAGUCGGCACUUGGCAAUCUUUCAGCUGCUCGUAGUAAUAUAAUAGAAGACUUUUGGCCUAGGCUGUUUUGUGUUUCUGUACAACUGUUUGUAUAUAAGAAAGAAAACCUGUUAUUAAAAUCGUGUGGACCAAGAUUCCGAGGUGUGGGCUUGAUGGUCAAAGCAGCUUAGCAGUAUUAUGGUUUUACCUUCUUCAAUGAGGGUGUUUUUAAUCAUCUGCUUUGCUAUGUCCUUUGGCGCCCUGAUUAUAAACACCAAUAUUAUGCUGUCAGUGCAUAACGUUGUAAGCAAGAAACGUUUAAGUUCGAUGUUUCACGAUGAACUACGUCAUGUAUUGUAUGAUAUUAACGGACCAUUCUAUAGACGAAAUGAAAUUGAGAUUAAUAAGCAACUACCACUUGGUCACAUGCCUCAGACCUUAAUUUCUGGAAUAAACCAAGCGAAGGAUGAUAUAGAUGCAAGCCCCUUUCUAUACCAGAAAAAUUUCACUCCUAGUGUUGUUCUGGGCCACGGUCAUUAUAAUAAAGAUUCAUUUGUGAUUGGAAUACCUUCAGUUAAGAGGGAAGGGGUCAGCUAUCUUGAAACAACAAUACGAAGUUUAUGCCGUAGCAUGUACCCUGUGAAUGAAAAUAAAACCUCAAUUGUUGUGUUUUUAGCGGAAACUGAUAUGGAUUAUGUGCAUAAGACCAUGGGGGAAGUGUACAACACUUUUACUCGAGAAGUUGACACGGGGUUACUACAGGUCAUUUCACCCCCUACCCACCUUUACCCCUCAUUUAACUUACCCCAAACCCUUGGGGACCCCUCAGAGCGCGUACAAUGGAGAUCAAAAGAAGUUUUUGACGCAGCAUAUCUGAUGUUUGUUUGCAGGAAUAAAGCAGACUACUAUCUCAUGUUAGAGGAUGAUGUUAUUGCCGUAAAAGGCUUUGUUGAAUCAAUGAAAAAGAUUGUUGCUGAAAACAAGGAAACUGACUUUGGAUAUAUUUCUUUGUCAACUUUUAACUCAAUCGGAAAAUUAUUUCGUAGAAGAGAUAUCCCAGCUUGGGCUUCUUUCUUUUUCACAUUUUAUGGAUUGAAACCAAUAGAUUGGUUAAUGUUAGAUGUUAUGAGGAUACAAUCUUGUAAUCCUGAGAAAUCGAGCUCUGAAUGUGAAGCCAAUAUUAAAAAGAGAAUGCCACAAUUUUCUAAAGGCCUUUUUCAACAUAUAGGUAAAAUGUCGUCUCUUGCUGGCAAGAAACAAUUAAUUACAGACACUAAGUUCUCACGAGAACCGCAAGCAACUAACCCUCAUGUUAAUAUUAAAGCAGAGGUAUCCACUACUUUAACCUCUGCAGACUUAUCUACUGCUAAUGAAUUGUAUAUAGACAGUGGGGGAAUGAACAAGCAUUUUCUCGUCAGUAAAUUACAAACUGACGAUGUAAUUAAAGUUUUAUUCAGCACGCCAAGUUAUGUCCAAUAUAUUCUUGUAAAAACGGGGAACGCAGAUAUGCAGCUUAGAUACUGUACUGAAUGUGGGCUCAUAGAGUAUUUUGUUGAUGUUUCUCAAACACCAUCAACAUACCAGCAGUGUGGAGCUUUUGACCGUCAUGGUUCAGCACAUUGCGUUAUAAAUCACCAAAUAUCAGGUUUUCAAAUCCGCAAUACAAAACCAGUAGACUCACAAGUUUGGUUUGAUCUUAUAUAUAUGCAGUAAAAAUGUGUUUUUUUUUUAGUGACAAGAUUAUGAAAUGGGUCCUUCUUUGUUUGUUUAUUUUAAAUUUCAAGUGUUACCCAAUACUACAAGGUUGCAAAACAAUUAGCAUUUUUCAUGCACUUCCUAAAAAAAUUAUUAAUUUAUUCCUUUUUUGUCCAAAUCAAACAGUGAGUCAUCGUUUAACGUUUGCAGUCUAGUAUUUCAUUUAUCAUGUAUGCACAUUCAAUUUUCUCAUGCCACAGUUUAAAAUAUCAUUUACAUAUGCCAUAGAAUAUUUAUAUGCGUGAAUUUUAUGUUUGUUAUUUAAGUUCAUACUGCUGAGCUGUACUAACUAUUGGGGUCAAAUUUUGUGAUUUUUACGGUUUUCUGUAUUUUUUUGUUUAUUUCAAUCAAAAACUCAUUCUCAAAAUCCUUUGUAAAACGGAGAAUGUUUUGGUGUAAACACAGAGUAGUGUGUUUAAAUUACACUAAAGUAUUAUUUUCCACAGUGCUUAUGCUGCGUUUUUGAAACAAAUUUUCAAUCUGCUAUAAACCUUAUGAAAUUCAUGUUUUUGUGCAACAUUAACUUUUCUUCAGUAUAUUUGAAUUAUUUUGUCCUUUUGCAGUUUUCUUUUCAAACCGUCCUAUCUGUAAUUUAAAAUCAAACAGCAGUUUAAGUUUUUUUAUGUCUGUAUAGAUUAUAUUCCAAUGAACUCUUCUUUUCAUUUAUUAGUUUGUGAACCAACAUUUUGACCUAUUCAGAUCACCCUCAUCAGGGUAAUGACACUCCUAGCGUAUAAUGCCAGAUGUGCUAUAUUACACUUAUAGUAUGCCUGGUAUGAGCUAUAUAUAUAAUGGUGUGGGGGAUGACCGGAUACAUUUAACACAUAAUAUCGAACUAUCCUGAUCGUGUUUUAAACAAAUAACAAAGGUCUACGGAAGUCGUAAGGAUACAAUUUUAUAAUUUUUUGAAUGUUCUUUGUUUACUACCAAUUGGGCUAAAAAAUAGACUGAAAAGUUGACCCAUCCUUCCCCAUCUUGCUAUGUGUUUUGUUAAACUUUCUGUCAACACUUCUUCAAAAAUCAUUUUUUCCAUACUGUUUUACUUUACUCAACUGAGUAGUACAUUCACCUCAUUUGUUGUUGCAGUCCUUUUUAUUACCUUAUUUGUUUUUUCCUGCUUGCAACGUUAUUCUUCAAUUUCAUGUAUGUAUGUAUCGUUAUGUUUGGUGAACUGCAUUAUAUGUUUAAAGUACAAUCAAAUACAUUGCUGUCUAGAGAGUCCUGGGCAGCUUGCAUUCUCUUAAAUA